AUGCGCUUCUCUUCAUCAACGCCUCCUCCCCUCCAGGCCAACCUCCUCCUCUCCCGUUCGCCCCUCCUCACCCCAACACCCAACCCUCUCGAAACAUCGUACCACGCCCACUCCCGUUCCAUCGCCCACGCCCUUUCCAACCCUCUCCCGACCGACUUCUACUUUAAGACUGGAUCUUUACCUCUAAAGAGGCAUCUCGUGCGGGAACACCAGUAUGAAACAGAAAUCUACGGCGAGAAAUUGGCAGGCAAGGCCCCGGAUGUGGGAGAGAUCCCCGCAGAGACAGACUAUGAGGAAAUUGCCAGAAAUCACUGGGAGCAGGCAGAUGCUCAGCGAGGGGAGAAGUCGCUGGAGCGUAAACCCGAGGAAGAAGUGUUUUGUGUGGUCAAGACCAAGGAAGGAGGAAAGUGGACGUUCCCUGGGGUAGAAGCGGGCAGACUGGAGCCGAUGCAUGAGGCUGUGGAGAGGGGUAUCACUGGGGUGGAAGGGAGCUUGGGCGGCCAGGGGAUGGAUAGCUGGCUCGUCACGCGGAAGCCUGUGGGACUGGUCAAGGAUGGUGAAUCAAGAACAUUCUUCCUCCGAGGUCACAUUCUUGCUGGCGAACCUACCCUUUCUCCCUCAUCCCCGUACACCGCCCAUGCCUGGCUCACCGCCGAGGAAGUGGAGGAGAGGCUGAAGAAGCAGGGAGACGACAAGAUCUGGGAGAGCGUGAAAGGCAUGUUUGGCGUGUCGAAGGAAUAG